AAUUUUUUUAACAAUGAAAGAAUCACACAUUAAACAAAUGAAAAUCAAUCAAUUACAAAAUAUAAUAGUGCUGAUCUAAUAAAUAUAGAUCUAGAUAUAGUACUACUAGAUCUAGAUCUAGUAAGCUUAGGCCUACAUUACAUUGCUAAAUUUACUACGAAACUAACUUAUAAAAUAUGUGUGUUAUGACGCCAUGUUCCCCUGACUGAACGUACACAGAUAAAUUAGGUAGUGGCGCAUUCCGGAAAAGCAAACAGUAUUUGAAGAAUUAUACACUUGCUUACGAAAAUUAUACUAUUUUAUUUUAUUAAAUGUAUUAGCCUGUGGAUUACUGACAAUGCAGUUGAACUAUUUAUCAUUUAAACUGGUUACUUGUUGGUAACUGAGCUGUGAGUUGGGAAAAAGUUGACUGCUGAGGACGGCGGUCUUAGAAGUCAACAACACACCACAGGACAGAUUGUUUUGUGUGACAUAAAAAAAAAAUUAAAAAUGGUGAUGUCCGAUCCUGAUUAUCGCAAGCGCCUUGCUACUCUUGAAGAAAAGAUGUUCAAUGCAAACUCUGCCAUUAAUAUAGAUGGAUUAUUGGAUGGUAUAACAGCAUUGGUAGCAGAUUUGGAUUUUCCUGCUAUUAAAAGAAUUAAGAAUGUUGAGCAUUUUUUGGAGAGAUAUGGUGAAUCCGUUGAUCUUAUUAAAAAUUCUCGUAUGAAAGCAUCUGACUUUGAAGUUGUUAAGGUUAUAGGGAGAGGUGCAUUUGGUGAAGUCCAACUAGUGCGGCAUAGAACUACAAGAUCAGUUUUUGCCAUGAAGCUUUUAAGCAAAUAUGAAAUGAUAAAAAGAUCAGAUUCAGCCUAUUACUGGGAAGAAAGGGAGAUCAUGGCUAAUGCAAACAGUGAAUGGAUAGUACAGCUCCAUUUUGCCUUCCAAAACAACAAAUAUUUGUACAUGGUCAUGGACUACAUGCCAGGUGGGGACCUGGUCAAUCUGAUGAGCAAUUAUGAUGUGCCAGAGAAAUGGGCUAAAUUUUACUGUGCUGAAGUAGUGUUAGCUCUUGAUGCUAUUCAUUGUAUGGGGUUUGUACAUAGGGAUGUCAAGCCAGACAAUAUGUUGUUAGAUGCCAAUGGCCAUCUCAAGCUCACUGAUUUUGGAACUUGUAUGAGGAUGGAUAAGGAUGGUCUUGUGCACUCAGAUACAGCUGUUGGCACACCAGAUUACAUCUCACCAGAAGUUUUGAAGUCCCAGGGUGGAGAGGGCUGUUAUGGUAGAGAGUGUGAUUGGUGGUCUGUGGGUGUCUUCCUGUAUGAAAUGCUUGUUGGUGAUACACCUUUUUACGCAGAUUCCCUUGUGGGAACUUAUGGUAAAAUUAUGGAUCACAAACGGUCUCUUAACUUUCCCACUGAUGUUGAAAUGUCUGAAAAGGCAAAAAGUCUUAUAUGUGCCUUUCUGACUGACAGAACUGAAAGAUUAGGUAGAAAUGGCGUAGAUGAAAUUAAACGGCAUCCAUUUUUCAAAAAUGAUACAUGGACAUGGGAAAACAUACGACAAACUGUUCCGCCUGUGGUCCCAGAACUAUCUAGUGAUGUUGACACCAGCAAUUUUGAUGAUAUAGAAAAAGAUGAAACACCCGAAGAAACAUUUCAACCUCCUAAAGCUUUUGCUGGGAAUCAUUUGCCUUUUAUUGGUUUUACAUACAGUAAAGGAUGGAAUCCAUCUAAUAAUACAAGAGCUGAUACCCCGGCACCAUCAGGAGCUGGUGAUUUUACACAGAAAAAAUUAGAACAACAGCUGGAGCAAGAGAGAAUUCAAAAAACUGAAUUAGAAAAAAAAUACAAACAAACAUUAGAAGAGAUAGAUCAUCUUUCAAAUGAAGAAGCUAAUAUGAAACGGGAAUAUCGUGAAUUGGAAAGAAAUUUGGCGCUUGUUAAACAUGAAAUGAAAGAGGUUCAGAGGAAGCUUGAAUUAGAAUCUGAUAGCAGAAAGAAAAUUGAAUUUGUGUUGAAAGAAAAAGAAAAUCAACUACAAGCUGAAAUAACUGCUCGACUACAAAUGUCUAACAAUUCUGCUUACUCAUCUGAGAGAGUAUCUAGCUUAGAAAAAUCUAUUUCAGAUUUCACAGAAAAACUACAGCAAGAAAGUGAAACGUCUAAUAAACAGAAAAAAUUAUACUCAGAUCUCCAGCAGAAGUAUUCCAUGCUAGAGCAAAACUUUAAUGAUUUAAACAGCAAGUACCAUGAGGUCCAAGUAAUCAGACAGUCUUUGCAGAACGACCUCUUCACACUGCAGACAACUCUGGACAAUGAGAGAAGCAAUAAAGUUCAAGAAUAUCAGCGAUCACAGGAGUUGAUUGAACAAAUCCAGUUUUUACAAGAAGAAAAAAUAAAGGCAGAAGAGAGAGAAAGAUCCAAUAACCAGAACCUCCAGCAAAUGCAACAAAACAUUUUCCAUCUUGAAAAGAAAGCAACAACAUUAGAAUAUGAUAAAGAGGAUUUUAAGAGGAAAUGGGAAGGAGAAUUAAAGGCACACAAAGAGACAGAAGAGAAGUAUAGGGCAGAGAGAGGUUCUCAUAGGAGCACUUCAGAUCAUGCCAAUCUACAAGCAAUAAAGGAUAUUCAAGACAAAUUAGACUACGAGAAAGCACAGAGGGCGAUUUCAGAGAGUAAAUUAUUCGAUACUGAGAAAAAAAACAGUGAACUCAGUGUAGACUUGACGCAGCUUAGACAGAAAGUUCAAUCCAUUCAAGAAGAACUCAGGAGUGAAUCAGAUAAGAGCAAGAAUUUAGGACUUCAAGUUGAACAGGAAGUCCAAAGAAGAAAUCUAAUGCAAAGUGAUUAUAAAAAUCAGACUCACGAGUUGCAAAAAGCUAAGACGAAAGAGAAACAGCUUACAAAGGAAAUUCAAGAUUUAAAAGAAGAGAAAAAGAACUUAGACGAUGAAAUUAAAAAGUUGAAAGAUGAUCUGCAAGUAAAUGAGUUGCAGAUAACAGAACUAAAGGAACAAUUGGAGGCAGAGACAUAUUUCUCAUCUUUGUACAAGACUCAAGUGAAAGAUUUAAAAGAUGAAGUUAGUGAAAAGAAUAAGCAGAUACAAGAUCUUACAUCAGAUGUUCAAAGCAUGUUGCAAGAAAAUGUUGGACAUUGCAGGGACUCUAUAGGUGCUCAGCUUCAGUUGGCCCUCGCUAAAGCUGACAGUGAAACACUGGCCAGGCAAAUCGCUGAGGAGCAGUUGUCAGACGUUGAGAAAGAGAAAACCAUGUUUGAACUUGAAAUAAAAGAAUUGAUGAGUCGCUUCAAAUCUGAAGUGAAAAAUACUGAGAUUCUUAAGCACAACUUUUCAACUGAUAUUGAAAAACUUCAACAAGAAAAAGAUAAUCUUAAUAAUAAAAUAAAGACACUAUCUGAAGAAGUGAAUAACUCCAAAAAUAAUGCUGAUUUUGAUAAGUUAAAGAAGAUGUUGGAGGAAGAGAAACUUAAGAAAAUCCAAGCUGUUAACAAGCUGGCUGAAAUCAUGAACAGAAAAGACUUUGUUAAAAGCGGGAAAAACAAAGCUGCCGAGUCUGAUUUAAAAAAGAGAGAGAAGGAAAACAGAAAGCUGCAGCAGGAACUCACUAUGGAGCGUGAAAAAUAUAACAAAAUGGUAGAGAAAAUGCAGAGGGAUGUCUUAGAAGCUCAGCAGUCUGUGUAUGAAGAAAGCCAAGCUAGGCAAAGACUUCAGUUAGAAAUAGAUGCUAAGGACUCAGAACUAGAGCAGCUAAGGCAGAUAUUAGCUUUUUCCAACUCAGACACUGUCUCUGUUCACAGUGGCAAUCCAGAUGAUAGCAUUAAUGUGUCAGAGGAUUCAGGAGCCACACAACUUCUUCAUUCACCAGUGUCAUCAGAUUCCCACAUGGAGGGGUGGCUGGCAGUGCCCAAUCGCAACAACAUAAAGAAGUAUGGCUGGAAGAAGCAGUAUGUGGUUGUCAGCAGUCGUAAAGUUCUCUUCUUCAACACAGAAAAUGAUAAACAAAAUACAGAUCCAAUAAUGGUAUUAGAUAUAGACAAACUCUUCCAUGUUCGACCAGUGACACAGGGAGAUGUGUACAGGGCAGACGCCAAAGAUAUUCCUAGAAUUUUUCAGAUUUUAUAUGCAAGUGAAGGUGAGAACAGAAAACCAGACGAGGUUAAUCAAGAAAGUGCAAUUGCUCCUUUAGAUCGCUCAGGUGUUAUCAUCUAUAAAGGUCAUGAUUUAGUUCCAAUAAGCUUUCGUACACCAACUUCCUGUGACUCGUGCCAUAAAACUGUCUGGCAUAUGAUUCACCCUCCUCCAGCCUUGGAGUGUAAACGUUGCCAUGUAAAAGUACAUCGAGACCACUAUGACAAGAAUGAAGAGUUUCUACCCUACUGUAAAGUAAAUUACGAUUCAAGUAUUCAGGCAAAGGAAAUGUUACUGCUGGCAGAGUCAACUGAGAAACAGAAAAACUGGGUUCAACAUCUAAGUAAAAAAGUAUCUAAAAAAGGGAUAGUCAGUACAGGAAACCUCAGAACUGCUUACUCAGAUGGUAAUGUCAGUACUGGUACUGUCAGGGGCACAAAGCAAUAUUCUUCUUAUGGACCUCAGCAGAGGGGCCACCCCCAGGCUGGUAAAUCUGCCACAUUGCCGCCACCUAACGCUCGUAAUUCAUGAGCCUGUACGAUUGGCUUGUUCCACUGGAUUAAGUCUUAUUAAUUCAACCAUUUAGUUAUUUUUUUUACAUCAUAACCAAUGCUCCUUAAAUUGUUAGUAUAAAUAUUUGUUUACCAGACCCACUUCAUCUAAUGAACAAUGUUAUAUCAUUAAAUCCCUUCCAUUUAUCAAAUUAUUCUUUGCUGUACCGCAUAGCCUAGUAUCCCAUUAGUAGUAUUUUAUACAUUCAGUUGAAAAAGACAUAUUCAGACAUUGAAGAAAAAUGUUAAAAAUAUUUAUUAACUUACAAGCUGCCUGGUGUAUGCUUCAGUAAUAGCCAGUGAUUGUGUCAGUUUUCAUUCUAUUUUAUUUAUUCUCUCCCUUGGAAAGCUGCGUAAGUGAAAAAGCUUGAUUGCAUGUCUCACUAUUUCGUUUCGCUUUAUAUUUAAGUUAAGCUUUUCUACCGUUCAUUUCAGUGCUUAUACCUGCCAUGUAGUGUUCUAAAAUGAUAUUGUUUUUUUAUUUAAAUAUUAUUUAAACUCAGUGCUGCAGAGUAUAUUGUUGAUAAGUCUUCUCUUGUGAGAUAUAUUUGUUUGCCAGGAGCUCUUGAUCAUUCCACAAAGUUCUCUAUGAUCAUCAUGAUGUGAUGUUUUUGUUUGUCACUAACAUCAGCCUCAUGAUGUUUUUGUUUUCACUAACAUCAGCCUAAUGAAGUUUUUGUUUGACACUAACAUCAGCCAGUUUUCUUGCUAAAUUAACUUUAAAAAUGUAUGUUAAAAUAAUAAUAAAAAACAAUGAUAAAAUAUGUAGAUAGCAAUAAAUAGAUUUGACCCACCUUUCUCCAUAAUUAUACACCAUUACAAUUUGUAUAGUUUUAGUAAUUACUUGAUUUGUUAUUUUAAAAAAAAAACGUAUAAAAGUUUGCCCAAACUGUCUCAAUUUAUUUAGAUGCUUUAACAAAAUAUUGUUUUUAACAAUUUUCAGAAGUUAACAUUAAAUAUCUACUUAAUUGUACUAUCCCUAUUUUAAAAUAAAGUAAGAAUAAUUCAGAAAUAAUGGAGAAUUUUGCUCGAUUGAACUUAGCUAUUGUUAAUGUGUAUUCGCUGCUGAAUGUUUCUGGUGUCAUAAUAAACUGGACUCAAGUAUUCAUUGUUAUACUCACUUUAAUAGGGUUAUGGGAAACUUGACAUGAUUACACUUUCAUUUAUUUUUGUACUAUUUAUACAUAUUUUUAACAUUUUCAUGUACAAAUUAUUUUAACUUCUGCAAUCAAUGAUUAAAUCUGGUAUUUGUUUUCAAAAGUAUUUAUCUUGACCAACCUAGUUAUUUUGUUUGUUAGUCAUCUGUUAAAUCUCUAUCGACUUUCUACUACAAGAUUUUGUGCUUAAUUGUUAGUACAAAAUCUCUUCAAAUUUAUUAGGCCCUUUUAAAUAUCUUUUUAAAAAAUUACUUUUUUCAACGUUAUGCUAUACAUUGGUUUUUCAUUCUUUAAAAAUUGUAAAUUAAAUGUUUCCAUUGGCAUUUUAAAAAGCACUUCAAUAAAAAUGGUACAUUUAAUGCAGUGCUUGGGAGGGGCAUAAGGUUGGUGAUCACUUAGUAAAACACAGUACACUAGCUCCCCUCUAAUUGUGUUGUUGGUGGUAAUGUUACCACAUGGUGUGUUGUUAUUGUCAAUUACAACGUGGUGUGUUGUUAUAGUCAAUUACAACAUGGCGUGUGUUCACCCUUACAUGGUACAUUACUUUUUUAUUGGAUCAAAGCUCUUGUGAACACAUUUAACCAAAGUUGUUCUUGUGAUAUUUUUUAAUGACUCAUUGUUUUGACCUCUCUUACAACUUAGAAAAGCUCUCUGAACAUGUUUGAUCAGUUAUUUGAGUUAAUUCAUUUCAAACAAUGACCAUACAAUCAGAAUAAUUGGCUGGGAUUUGGUCAAGUUUGUUCUUGUUGUAUUUAUUUCCUCUUCAAUGGCUUGUAGAAAUAAUACCUAACUUAUUUCUUUUAUAGAUUGUUUAUUUUUUUGUACUUAAGUGUUGUGUAGACAUUUUCUUAUUCACCAAUUCUUUCCUUUCUCUCCUUUUUUUUCUUCUUUCAGUCAGCCAAUUAAAGAAAGAGGUUACUUGCGCAGUUCAAAAGGUGGACAAUCCUAACAUUUCAUGACCACUUUUCUAUUCACUUUCUGCAACUAGUUUUAAAAAUGUUCUGUUUUGUUUACAGUAGGAUAAUAUUUCAGCAUUUGGAAUAGAAUAGAAAUGUUUAAAGCAAUAAAACAAUCAUGUUAACAGUUUGUAUAUUUUAGGCUUCUUAAAAAAAAUAAUAACUUACUGUUUGGCACUAACAGAAAUAUUUUUUUAGCAAAUAAUUUAUUUAAAAAUGUUAAUGUUUUAAAAAUUUUUUUUUUACAAGUAGGCCUAACUAAUUGUUUGAAUGCCGGCUAUGAUUUAGAAUAUUUUAUAAAAAAUUAUAUGUUAAAAUAAUAACUAUGCAAUUCUAACCUGAAUGUUUUUUUUCUAUUACGCCCAGCUUGUCAUGUUCAUGUCUCUUGCAUGAAUGGUUUUUUCUCUUGUAGUUAUACUUUGGGUGGUUCAUCUCUCCGCUUUACUAGCAUGAAUGGUUUUUUCUCUUGUAGUUAUAUAUGGGGUGGUUCAUCUCUUUGCUCUACUAGCACGAAUGUUUUUCUUCCUGUAGUUACCACUAGCUGUUGGUGAGGUCUUGCACCUCACUAAACUUUGUAUUUUUUUGUUGAAACAAGACUUAGGAUAUGUAGUUGCCUUGUGUGUGAGCGUGUGUGUGGAACUAGUUUAACAAGUACUAGAAGUGUGGGGUUGGACUAACACAAAGCAGCUGCGUGUGGAUGAGAGGGGCUGUACAUUUUGUUGGUCAUGGUAGCGAACACAUUCAGUUCCUUUUUGUGAUAGACAUUGGCUAAGUUUGUACAUAGAUAUAGUUCAUCUUGUUACUGUAAGCAUUUCUUGAUUUGUCCAGUGUUUUCACCAGCAAGGGUUGGCCCUGGCCAUUGCCACAUAAGCCCAUCAUUAUUUGGUACUAGCUUCUCAUAAUUCUUUUGUACUUGAUAAACUUGAUUUGGCCAGUCAUGCUAAAUUUUAUUUCAACAGUUUACAUGGGUAUACCAUCGUUGCAUUAAGGUUUUCUCUUGUACAUCUGAGUUGAUUUUAAACAGAUCGGGUUUAAUUAGCACAGGUUAAUUAUUAUUUUGUAAAUUGUAAGAAGAAUUUUUCUUGUUGAAUAUUUAUUUCUGUAUUUGAAUCACUGUUUAACAAAUGAUACAAUGUAAUUUGUUUGUGUUACAUUUCUUCCAGGGUUAUUGUUCUUAUCUCUUGUAUAUAUGUGAACUCUAUUUAUACAAAGUACAUAAUGCUCUAUUCAAAUCUAUAUUCCACCCUGUAACAGCUCCAGAUAAGUAAACAUCAGAUGAUCUGUUUUAGGCAGUUACCAGCAGUAUAUAACUUUAGUAGCAAAUAUAUCAAAGCCUUUGUAUGUUUUCAUGCUGUCAUAUUGAAAGUGGCAUUCCUAUGGUCCCUUCCUUUGUUGUCUUCUGGCAUGACAUUUAUUCCAUGAAUAAAAUGUUUGAUACAUC